ACCGACAAUGUCGAAAAACCCCUCGCCACGCGAAAUAGAAUCCCUACGCGCCCCGGUUUCCCCUCCAAUGCUGAAGCGGAAAGCGAGGUCUCCCACUCCACCGCUGGAGAAGAGGUUGGGGGAGCGGAGGGCACGGAUGGAGCAGGAGGGUGAAAGAAGUGGCGGCUUGAUGGUCGUCAAACCGAGGGUGGGGCAGGCUUCGCCGUUUCAACUCACGAGAGUCGACGAACUGCCCGAGAGCGAGAACGUCGACGCGGUGGGGAUUAGAGAUAUCCUUCGCAGAGGUCCACUCAAGGAGGUUUGGGUGUUCAAUUACUUGUUUGACUUGGAUUGGGUUAUGUGGGUUAUUCUCGAUUAAAGUGCUUUGCUUUGCGCUUACUGGGGGGGGAUUGUUUAGGAAUCAGUUUGACCCCGAGGUCAAGGACACGGUCAAAGUGAGAAUAGUCCAUGGGAGCUGGAGACGAGAGGACCCCAACCGGGUUCGACUCCACGUUAGUCAAUCACCCAUACUGGAGGGGACUAUACUAAAUAUUGGUAGAACCAAGCGGAGCGUUAUCCUAAUGUCAACCUUAUUUGCGCUUUUAUGCCUGAGCCCUAUGGAACCCAUCAUUCGAAGAUGUUUGUUCUGUUCCGGAGCGAUGAUCAUGCCCAGUAAGACACUCUUCGUAUUGGCCGUGACAGGACUGACAGACUAGAAUCGUAAUACACACGGCCAAUAUGAUCCCGUUCGACUGGCAGAAUAUGACACAGGCUGCCUGGCAAUCUCCACUUCUUCCCCUCUUACCCCAAGAUCAUGGAUCACCUAAUGCCCAGGCCUCCAAACCCAUUGGACAGAAAUUCAAGACCGAUAUCUUAGCCUAUUUCUCGGCUUAUGGCGUGGAGAGAACAGACUUUCUCACUGCGCAGCUUUCAAAAUACUCUUUCGAUCCGGUCAAAGCAGUAUUUGUCGGUAGCGUCCCCGGGAAGUUCCAUAUUGACGCGUCCAAUGGGAAAGGCUACGAAUGGGGUUGGAGACGACUGGCUAGUGUCCUUCGGAAAGUUCCUCUUCGAAGUCCUGAUGCCAAAGGCUGCAUAGUGGUCCAAGUAUCCUCUAUCGCUACUCUUGGAUCAAAAAACACAUGGCUUUCUCCAGUCCUAUUCGCGAGUUUGAAAAGGAGCAAAUUAACAAGAUCCGCUGAGCCAAAGCUCCACCUGAUCUUCCCCACAGCCGACGAAAUCCGGGAAUCUCUAAAUGGAUAUAGAAGUGGCUCAUCGCUACACAUGAAAUUUCAGUCCCCAGCACAGCAGCUACAACUAGGGUAUAUGCGGCGACACCUCACACACUGGGACCCGAACCCUCCACCGAGCAAUCAGUCGUCAUCAUCCUCCCUCGCCAUCAAGGACGCAGGAAGGGCGAGGGCAGCACCUCAUAUAAAGACCUACAUCCGCUUCUCGGACCCCGACUGCACGCAUAUCGAUUGGGCCCUCUUGACAUCAGCGAACAUUUCCAUCCAAGCCUGGGGCUCCGCAGAGAAGGACACGGUGGGAAGUGUGAACCGCAGAGAAGUGCGCAUCUGCAGUUACGAAGCAGGGGUCCUGGUGUACCCGGAAAUCCUGGAGGUAGAAGAAAUGGUGCCGACUUUUAAGAAGGAUAGCCCGGAUGAGAUUGGAGAUGGAGGAACAGCAGGGUUGAGGAUGCCGUAUGGGUUGCCAUUGCGGAAGUACGUCUCAAAUGAAAUGCCGUGGUCUGCUUCUAAGAGUUAUUCGGAAGUGGAUUGGUUGGGAGAGAAGUGGGAGGCGUGAUUGGCGGAGCUGGCGUGGGUGGGACAUGGGAACUUGCAUCGCGCGGCGUUUUAUGUUAUUAUUUCUGGCUCUGGUUGCUCUGGAAUUAUGAAACGCAAAGAUGAUUGGUGUAUAGUAGUUUACUGCAUCAUGUGGGAUUUACUGGAGCUCUCUGGGUGGGUAUUUGCUAGACCUGACACAAUACAUGACCUAUGAUAUGCUUUU